GAGGGGUGGCCUCUGCACCCAGGUGACCGCGACCGAAGGACUCUGCUCCUUUAGCCUCAGCUGCGGUUAGAGGCAGGUUGAGAGAACUCAUUGAAGCUGAGUGUUUUAAGGACCAGGCCAUCUUGGAGGCGGCAACUUUGGAGUUCACCACCGGACAGGUCCGACUCCGUGGCCUGUGAGCGUGGGCGAGAUGCGGAGCAGGAGCAACUCUGGGGUCCGUCUGGACGGGUACGCGAGGCUGGUGCAGCAAACCAUCCUGUGUUACCAGAACCCAGUCACUGGCCUGUUAUCAGCCAGCCAUGACCAGAAAGAUGCUUGGGUACGGGACAACAUCUAUAGCAUAUUGGCUGUUUGGGGCCUGGGCAUGGCCUACCGCAAGAAUGCUGACCGUGAUGAGGAUAAAGCCAAGGCCUAUGAGCUGGAACAGAACGUAGUGAAGCUGAUGCGAGGUCUGCUCCAGUGUAUGAUGAGGCAGGUGGACAAAGUAGAGAAGUUCAAGCAUACUCAGAGUACCAAGGACAGUCUACAUGCCAAGUACAACACUGCCACAUGUAGCACUGUGGUGGGUGAUGACCAGUGGGGCCACCUCCAAGUGGAUGCCACCUCUCUCUUCCUCCUGUUCCUGGCCCAAAUGACUGCCUCAGGUUUGCGUAUUAUUUUCACCCUUGACGAAGUGGCCUUCAUACAGAAUCUUGUCUUCUACAUAGAAGCUGCAUAUAAAGUUGCUGAUUAUGGAAUGUGGGAACGUGGAGAUAAGACCAAUCAGGGCAUUCCAGAACUGAAUGCAAGCUCGGUGGGAAUGGCCAAGGCAGCACUUGAGGCGAUUGAUGAACUAGAUCUUUUUGGAGCCCAUGGAGGUCGCAAAUCAGUGAUCCACGUCCUGCCUGAUGAAGUUGAGCACUGCCAGUCAAUUCUUUUCUCCAUGUUGCCAAGAGCAUCAACAUCUAAAGAAAUCGAUGCUGGACUUCUUUCUAUUAUUUCUUUCCCGGCUUUUGCAGUAGAAGAUGUGAACCUUGUGAAUGUGACCAAAAAUGAAAUUAUUUCCAAGCUUCAGGGGCGUUACGGAUGCUGUCGCUUCCUUCGGGAUGGUUAUAAAACCCCAAGAGAGGACCCACACCGAUUGCAUUAUGACCCUGCUGAACUUAAGCUCUUUGAAAACAUUGAAUGUGAAUGGCCUGUGUUCUGGACUUAUUUAAUAAUAGAUGGAAUCUUCAAUGGUGAUGCUGUUCAGGUCCAAGAAUACCGAGAAGCCCUGGAAGGAAUAUUAAUCAGAGGCAAAGAUGGGAUCCACUUGGUGCCGGAACUCUAUGCCAUCCCACCAGACAAGGUGGAUGAAGAGUAUAAGAAUCCACACACAGUAGAUCGAAUUCCACUGGGGAAGCUGCCCCAUCUUUGGGGACAGUCCUUGUACAUCCUCAGCUCACUGCUAGCAGAGGGAUUCCUUGCCACUGGUGAAAUUGAUCCCCUAAAUAGAAGAUUUUCUACUUCAGUCAAACCUGAUGUUGUAGUACAAGUUGCUGUUUUGGCAGAAAACAGUCACAUUAAGGGGCUGUUGAAGGAACAUGGAGUAAAUGUCCAGAGCAUUGCUGAUGUGCAUCCAAUUCGAGUCCAGCCAGGCCGGAUUCUUAGUCACAUAUAUGCCAAGCUUGGACGAAAUAAGAAUAUGAAAUUGAGUGGUCGACCAUAUCGUCACAUUGGUGUCCUUGGGACCUCUAAACUCUAUGUGAUUAGGAAUCACAUCUUCACUUUUACACCCCAGUUCACUGACCAGCAUCACUUCUACUUGGCCCUGGACAAUGAGAUGAUUGUGGAGAUGCUGCGGAUCGAACUAGCCUAUCUGUGCACCUGCUGGCGGAUGACUGGCCGCCCUACUCUCACCUUCCCUGUCACGCAUACCAUGCUCACAAAUGAUGGAUCAGACAUUCAUCCUGCAGUUCUUUCUACAAUUAGAAAACUAGAAGAUGGCUAUUUUGGAGGUGCUAGAGUAAAACUAGGAAACCUGGAAGAGUUUCUUACUACCUCAUUCUACACAUACCUCACCUUCCUGGAUCCAGACUGUGAUGAGAAGUUGUUUGAUGACAACAGUGAUGAUGGGAGCUUUAGUCCUGACAGUGAGCCAGACCUGGGAGGAUACCUGGAAGACAGCAGUCAUCAAGAAAGCCAAGAUGAGCUUGACCAGUAUAUCAGCCACCUUCUUCAAAGCACAUCCUUGAAAUGCUACCUGCCCCCUCUUUGUAAGAAGUCAGAAGACAGCCAUGUUUUCAGUGCUGUUCACUCCACUCGGGACAUACUUUCUGUGAUGGCCAAAGCAAAGGGUUUGGAAACUCCAUUUUUUCCCAUGAUUUUGCCAACUAAAGUUCUAAGUGGACACCGUAAAUCACUGAAUCUUGUUGACUCCCCUCAGCCACUCCUAAAGAAGACUCCUGAAUAUGACUACCAGUGGCCCAGAGAUGACCAUGAUGAAAUGGACUGUGAAAAGCUAGUUGGGCAACUGAAAGACUGUUCAAACCUACAGGACCAAGCAGACAUUCUGUACAUUCUUUAUGUAAUAAAGGGUCCCCGCUGGGAUACCAAUUUGUUUGGGCAGCAUGGAGUCACUGUUCACAGUCUGCUCAGCGAGCUCUAUGGAAAAGCUGGCCUGAACCAAGAAUGGAGUUUGAUUCGCUACAUUUCAGGCCUGCUCAGGAAGAAAGUGGAGGUCCUGGCUGAGGCCUGUGCAGAUCUGCUGUCCCACCAGAAGCAGCUUACAGUGGGCCUUCCCCCUGAGCCCCGGGAGAAGACCAUAUCUACGCCUCUUCCCCCAGAGGAGCUCACAGAACUCAUAUACGAAGCCAGUGGACAGGACAUCAGCAUUGCUGUCCUCACACAGGAGAUCGUGGUUUACCUGGCCAUGUAUGUCCGGGCCCAGCCUAGCCUCUUUGCAGAGAUGCUCAGACUCCGGAUUGGAUUGAUCAUCCAGGUGAUGGCCACAGAGCUGGCUCGGAGCCUGAACUGCUCAGGAGAAGAAGCUUCGGAGAGCUUGAUGAACCUCAGCCCUUUCGACAUGAAGAGCCUUCUGCAUCAUAUCCUAAGUGGGAAAGAGUUCGGUGUGGAGAGAAGCGUGCGCCCAAUACACUCCUCCAUGUCCAGUCCUGCCAUCUCCAUCCAUGAGGUGGGUCAUACUGGAGUCACCAAAACUGAGAGGAGUGGUAUCACCAGACUGAGGAGUGAGAUGAAACAGAUGAAUAGGCGAGCUAGUGCUGAUGAGCAGUUCUUUCCUUUGAGCCAAGCUGUGUCCAGCAGUUUUCAUUCCAUCAAGUCUGUGAGGUCCAGCACCCCAUCCUCCCCAACAGGCACAUCAUCUACAGACUCCGGAGGACACCACCUGGGCUGGGGAGAGCAGCAGGGCCAGUGGCUGCGCAGGAGAAGGUUGGAUGGGGCCAUCAACAGGGUCCCCGUGGGAUUCUACCAGAAAGUAUGGAAGAUCCUUCAGAAGUGCCAUGGUCUGUCCAUUGACGGAUAUGUCCUUCCAUCCUCAACAACUCAAGAGAUGACACCUUGUGAGAUCAAGUUUGCCGUCCACGUGGAGUCAGUGCUCAACCGUGUGUCUCAGCCUGAGUAUCGGCAGCUACUGGUAGAAGCCAUCAUGGUACUGACUCUGCUCUCAGAUACAGAAAUGGACAGUAUUGGGGGCAUCAUCCAUGUGGACCAGAUAGUGCAGCUGGCCAAUCAGCUGUUCCUGCAGGACCAGGUAUCAUUUGGAGCCACAGACAUCCUGGAAAAAGACCAAGCCACAGGCAUUUGCCACCUCUUUUAUGACAGUGCUCCUAGUGGGGCUUAUGGUACAAUGACCUACCUAACGAAAGCAGUAGCUUCUCAUUUGCAGGAACUGCUGCCCAGUUCAGGCUGCCAGAUGCAAUAGGGCUUUGCCCAUAAACAUGUCCAUCCUCUGGAUCUGUCAUUUGUA